GCUGUCGUGUACGACCGAUUUCGAAUUUUCAUUCGCUCGAAAACGUUCUCGAAGUGCAAACGUUUUCUAGAUUAAUAUGAAGUGUCAUAACCUCACAACUGUCAAUAUUCGUUUAAGCUGAGUGCUUAAUUGUAAAUAAACUUCUCUAAAUAGUACAAUGUGUAGUUUUUACGUGGAUAUAAGGCGGACGGGUGUGUUAUAGUUUAGUGAUUUCCUCCUUCAUGGUGAUAACUUCAAGACUGACUACAGGAUGGCUCCUAACUGCAUCCAGCAUUAGAAAAACUUUAAUAGACUGAAGAAACCGGGCAUGGCAUUUGCGUGCAAUGUUAGGCUGUAGCACAGUAUGUCCCAAAUGUCAGCACCAGUUUGCGUGCUGCGGACCGACGCCGCCAUGCAACCGAACUCGCAGGUCGCUGCACGCGCUCACCGGCGGCGGUCUGGUGGCGACAUUAAACCAAUCGCUAGUACCUGUAGGACCAUGCCUUUCACCGCAAAUAUCGCCCAGUGCGCCGCUAGCGUUCGUAAUACCACCGUUCGCGCCGCUACAACCGACCAUAUCGCCCAUAGAGGCGAAGCCCGAAAACGAACUCCAGAAGCUCUCCGACACCGUACGGGCUCUGCGCCAAUCCGGUUGGUACUACGAAGGCAUCACCUAUCAGCAGAGUCACGAUCUGUUAAAGAACAAGCCGCUAGGGACGUUUCUGGUGCGCGAAUCCUCGGACCCCCGAUUUUUAUUUUCUUUAAGUGUACAAACAGAACGGGGCCCUACUUCGGUGCGAAUUCACUACAUAAAUGGUUACUUUCGGCUGGACUCGCAACCUCACCUUCAGGGUGCGAUGCCACUGUUUCCUAGUGUCGUCGAAUUAGUGCAGCAUUAUGUGAACCAACGUAGAAACUUAAGGAACGGUGCCCAAGUGUGGGUCGACUCGAAUGGCUCGUGGUAUAGCGCCAUUUUGUUAGAUAAACCUUUACGAAAGGAUGACGGCGCGCCUUCUCUAAAACAUUUAGCAAGAUUAGUCGUCCAUAAAGCUAUUCAAGCAAACGGUAUGCCUCGCUUAGCUCUACUGCCACCUCCUCAUACACAAUUAGAGUUGCCACCUUCGCUGACAACUUACCUAUCUCAGUAUCCAUACUCAUUGUAAUCGUGAUGAUCUUCAGGGAAAGAGGGACUUGUUUAUAUUUACUGACUGUUUGUUAAAUCAUAUAAAUCGUACAUACUUCAUAUACCUAAGUUGAUAGAUAGGGUAUUUAUGUAAAAGUAUUCCAAUGAGUUUUUUUUGAUUUGUUCCUUUGGUUUGAUAUUCGAAUAUCAUUCUAGCAAUAAUUAUUUUGUAGCAGUAAGAAUCACAAAAGUUUACUUUUAUAUUUUGUUGCAGCUAAAGGUGUAGCUAGCGGCACACAUACAAAAUUAUGUUAUAUAAAUUUAUAAUUGUAAUCUUUUCAUUUUUAUAGGCGUAUUAUAUUGUUCAGUGAUUUUUUUAUCAUUA